UAGAUCGUAUCUUUCACGUUUUCACCCUAAUUGUUAUUUCGAAAAGGGACAGAGGGCGGAUUGCACAAUGUACGCCACAGGACUAGCUCCAUAUUACGCCAGUAAUUUCAGCCUCUGGUCUGCCUAUUGCUCGAAUGGCUUUUUGGAUUCGGUGAAGAAACCUUCCUUUUGCAUCGCGGACAUCCUGCACCUCAGCGACACCGAGAACAUGCCGAGCGCCCCGCCGCCUCUGCCGGGAGCAUCGGCCGUCGUGGCCCAUCUGAGCGGAUCCCACGCCAUGCAACCCUCGGGCUCCCCUGUGCGUCCCACUCCCGUGGCCCCCGAGCGCAUCGGCAGCUUCACUCCGAGAGUCUCCCCGGCCUCUCCUUACCAACGAGCCCCCGCCAUCUGUACUUCCUCAGCGGCCAGGAUUCACCUCGCUGCCGCUUCGAUGCAGCGGCUCCCCGCUCCCAACAGCAAAGACCUCAAGUUCGGCAUUGACCGCAUCCUAUCCACCGACUUUGACUUUAAAAUCAAAGACUGUAGUAGUUUACGAGAUCUGACCUCGCUGAUGGGCACAAGUCGCCAGGCUGGAGUCCACCUCUCUGUGCAGAGUUCCGCCAGCCAGUUCUUUGCGUCUCUGGACCCUGGACUUGGUGAGCCUUCCUCAGUUUUGACCUCCAGAACCUCGUCCCAGCACCAUUAUCAGGACUCUUUUCCAGCAGGGCCUUAUGCUGUCCUAACGAAAGACACCAUGCCUCAGACGUACAAACGGAAACGCUCCUGGUCUAGAGCUGUCUUCUCGAAUCUGCAGAGAAAGGGACUUGAGAAACGGUUUGAGAUCCAGAAGUAUGUGACCAAGCCUGACCGGAAGCAGCUGGCCGCGAUGCUGGGAUUGACUGAUGCCCAGGUGAAAGUAUGGUUCCAGAACAGGCGGAUGAAGUGGAGGCAUUCUAAGGAAGCUCAAGCCCAGAAGGAGAAGGAGAAGGAGCAACUGGAGAAACCAGCGUCUGUGGAGGGAGAACAGCGAGUAAGGGAGAGCCAGAGUGACAGUGAGAAAAGUGACUCCGAAUUGACUGACAUUAAUGAGAAAGACAUUGAGGUGAACGAGUGUCCCGAUCACAAGGCCACUGUCAUCAGACCGGGGCUAGCCUCCUUAAGUACUGCAGCGUUAAAGCAAAGCGUCUCACCGGCACAAAGUGCCCCAGCAUCUCCGUUGCAAAUUGUGCUAUAAAUGUGAAAUAAUUUUACCCGCCCUCCACCCCACCCCCUCCCCACCAGGAUUACCACGAGGUAAAGGACUUUUUUUUCCAGAAGAAAGGAGUAAGUUAUAUUGUUGCGAAAGGAAGAUGAGAAAUAGAUCGUACUCUCAACUUCCUACCUGUAAAUUGCAAAUAUGUAAAUACAGUGUUUGACACGAGAAAUCAUACGGACUUAUUUUAAAAAAUCUCUUUUCGAAGUGAAUGUUUUUGUAUUAUAGGUUUUAAUGUUUUCACAUUGAUUUCCAUGUGCUUACUGUAUACCCAGCUGGAUUAUUAGAGGCAGCCGAUUUAUACAUAUUUACCGAAGGCAAAAGGUUUUCAGCACCUCUGUUUGCGCUCUCACCGUGUACUAACAUCCAGAAUACCAAGCCUCUUCACUUAAUGAUGGCCAAUAUUUCAUUUUAAUGCCAGUUGAUUCGAAAAAUUGCACUGAUCGUAAAUGCAGCCAAUAAAAUGGGUAUACUGUUUUAA